AUUGGCUCGUGGACUUGUGGAUGCCUGCCUGGCCCAGAUUGACAUCGAGAAUGGUUUGAACAGUUCACAGCUUCACCAGCAAGAUAUUUCUGCACUCUCUUCCCAUAGCCACAUUAAUUUGUCAUCUUUGCCAAUUGGCAGGGUGUAAGGGAUAUGAUUUUCCUGAGGACUGCUUCCCAGAAAUUUUGAUUCCCUGAAAUUAUGGAUUGCCUACCUAUGUUUUGAGAAAGCUUUAGCAUGUGGUUUUUUGGAGACACCACCAUAAGAACUGAAUGUAUAAUAGAGCUGGCUUUAGGGAUAGGAAGGCCAGUAGCAUCCGAGUCUGCAUAGAACUAUGCUUCGAGGUAUUCUGGGAAAAACCAUUCGACUUCUUGGCUAUACUCUUCAGUAUGGUUGUAUAGCUCAUUGUGCCUUUGAAUAUGUUGGUGGUGUUGUCAUGUGUUCUGGACCAUCAAUGGAACCUACAAUCCAGAAUUCUGACAUUGUCUUCGCAGAAAAUCUUAGCCGACAUUUUUAUGCUAUUCAAAGAGGUGACAUCAUAAUUGCCAAAAGUCCAAGUGACCCUAAAUCAAACAUUUGUAAAAGAGUAAUUGGUUUGGAAGGAGACAAAAUCUUCACGCAUAGCCCAUCAGAUUACCUUAAAAGCCAUAGUUAUGUACCAAGAGGUCAUGUUUGGCUAGAGGGUGAUAAUCUCCAGAAUUCUACAGAUUCCAGGUUCUAUGGACCUGUUCCAUAUGGACUAAUCAGAGGACGUAUUUGUUUAAAGAUUUGGCCUCUGAAUGAUUUUGGAUUUCUACGUGACAGCCCCAAUAGCCACAGAUUUUCUGAUGAGUAGUUCAGUAUUCAGCCAACCAAAUCAUUUUUCAUUACCAUAUCGUGUUCCUCAAGAAACAUUUUUGCUAAGUCACUGAAACCAUGUAUUUACAAAUAAAAUAUUUGAUAUUGAAUUUUAUUUUCAAA